AUGCGUCCAUCAAAUAUUUUCAAUGAUGAACUAUUAUCGAUAAACGUAUCUGUAGUAUUUGAGGAAAACGCUGCUUGGGGUAUGACAUUUCGUGAAUUAUCGCAACAAGGUAUCAACAGUCAACAAUUGUUAUUAUGGUCUGCGCCAAUCGAUCUAGUUGAGAGAUAUGAAGUCUAUUUGGAUAAUCCUAUUGACAUUUUUGGACGGCAAAUUUUUCAUAAAUGUGCAUUACCUUGAUGUUCAACUAUUCACGAUACGAACAAUCGAACCCAUUGUCGUCAUUCAUCACUUUAUCAAUGUGCUAAUUCUUCUAAAUGUAUUUCAAAAUAUCGUCUGAACGAUGGUAUACAAGAUUGUUACGAGAACGAUGAUGAAACAGGAGAAAGUCAUUUUAAUAAAUCAAAUUCAACGAUUAGGAAUGAUCCCAUAAUAAAAUCCAUCUGGUAUCCUCUGUUAUGUGAUGGAUAUAUUGAUAUAGGUACCAAUAAAAUUCACAACGAGACAGAUGAAACUGAUUGUAAUUGGUGGCCUUGUAAUAAUAUUUACACGCGAUGUAAUCGAAUAUGGAAUUGUCAUAAUGGAAUUGAUGAAAUCAAUUGCCCAUAUUUGCCAGCAUGUCCUUCAUUAUUUCAUCCAUGUGUUUCACCCGAAACGUUCAAUCUUACCUGUUUAUCAAUUGAUAAAGCUGGUGAUGGCAUAGUCGAUUGUUUGGGGGCAUCGGAUGAACGACAGUUAUGCCAAGAAGAAGAGGAUUAUUAUCCAGGUGCUAUGUUUCAAUGUUGGAAUCAUUCAACUUGUCUAGAUAUCAGCAUCCUUAGUCUGUGCGAUGGAAAGAAGAAUUGCCCGUUGAAUGAUGACGAACUUGUGUGUGAUCAAAAAUAUCUAUCGGCUUGUAUUCAAUCGGAUAGACAUGAGGCUAGUAUGAUUAUUGAUUUUCUCUGUCAUUGGCCCUCAGAAAAACCAGAACAAGUCUUUUUUUCACUUCGUAAUACAUUCGGUCCUCGUUGUCAUCUUACUCGUUACACUUGUCAACCAGAUACAUGUAAUUAUCAUGAUCAAUGCAUAGAAACUGAUGAUCGUAUUACAGUGAACAAUUUUACUUGUAUAUGCGAUGAAGGAUAUUCAGGAGAGACAUGUCAAUAUACGGAUACUAAGAUUACCGUUUAUUUUCAAGAAGUUCCUAUUCCAUCUUCAAUUUUGGCGCAUUUCAUUACAGCUGAUGGCAAUGUACAACAUACGCGUACAUCAACAUUUAAACGGAUUCGACCUGAUGAAGACUUGGUUUCAAUCUAUACGUCAAACAAAUUUCAUUUGUUAUUUACAGAAUUUGGCAAUAAUUAUUAUUUAACUAUUGCACAAGAAAAAUCCAUACUAUCAGCCAUCAUUACUACAACAAUCAUUCCAUCGCAACGAUGUCCACAUAUUAAUGAAUUAUUUAGUUCGACUAUACUCGAAUUUAGCCGACUAAGACGAAUAAAACUUUAUCCUUUAUUAUGUCAAAAACGAUCUGAAUUAAAAUGUUUUUAUGAUGAAACAUUCAUAUGUUUGUGUACUACUGAUCGAUUUGCUAAUUGUUUUAGUUUCAAUCAUAGUAUGAUAUACAACUGUCGAGAAAGUCAUUUUUGUGACAAUAAUGCUCAAUGCUUUCAAGAUAAACCCAAAUGUCCAACAAAAUCUAUGUGUGUCUGUGAUGAAUGUUUUUAUGGAACAUAUUGUCAAUUUUCUACCAAAGGUUUUGCCAUAUCAGUCGAUGCAAUUCUUGGCUAUAAAAUUCGUCCGCAUACUAUCUUUACACAGCAAUCAAUGACGGUUAAAGUCAGUGUUUCAAUAGUCAUGAUCAUGUUCAUGUUAGGUCUUAUUAGUAGUAUUUUCUCGAUUUUUACGUUUCAAACUGAAAUAUCACGAAAGGUUGGUUGUGGUCUUUAUCUUCUUUCGACAUCCAUCAUUUCUCUUCUGACUAUGGUUAUAUUCUUAUUGAAAUUUUUCAUUCUUACUUAUACACAAAUCAAUUUCAAUACUCAUCGAUAUUUUCACUUAUUCAGUUGCAUAUCGAUUGAUUUUCUUCUACGCGUAUUAUUGAGUAUUGGUGAUUGGCUUAACGCAUGUGUAGCCAUCGAACGAAUAUUUACAGUUUCUAAAGGUGCUAAUUUCGAUAAAAAUAAAAGAAGAUCUAUUGCUAAAUGGAUCAUUGUUGUUGUUAUUGUUUUAACUACAUCAAGCAUUAUUCAUGAUCCAAUUCAUCGUCAUUUAGUUGAUGAUACAGAGGAUCAACGAACAUGGUGUAUGACGUCAUAUUCGUCUACUGUCAAACUUUAUGACACUCUAAUACAUUUUCUUCAUUUUUUACUGCCUUUUUUUAUUAAUGCAAUCUCAGCCUUCGCUAUCAUCAUCACUGUUGCUAGACAAAGAUCUGCGGUACGAUCAAACCAAACAUAUAAAGAACAUUUAAAAAUAUUAUUUCAUCAAAAUAAAUAUCUUUUGAUUUCACCAUGUAUCCUUGUAUUAUUAGCUUUGCCACGUCUUAUUCUCUCGUUCUUAUCCGGUUGUAUGAUAUCAGCGCGUGAUCCGUGGCGUUAUUUGGUUGCCUAUUUUUUGUCGUUUAUACCAUCCGUUCUUACUUUCCUUGUUUUUGUUUUGCCAUCUAAAAUUUACAAGGAAGAAUUUAAUCGUGCGAUUAAAAGAUUUAAACUAAAUAUAUAUAGACAUUCAUCUCAAAACUAAUUUAUUUUCGCCUUACGAACGCACUUGAAUUUUUAGUUUUAUUAAUCAAUCGCAAUUUAAAAAACACUAUUUAUCUUUUAAUAAAGAAUAAGUAUUAUAACACAUAAUUGUUUCUAACUUAAACUGUUAGAGUUUUUGAGAAAAUAACUCUAACUGAUACAACGUAAGAUCCUUUGGAAUGAAUUUGCUUUUAAUUUUUAAUGAAAAAAAAAAUUACUCUAUCAAUGAUGAGACGAGGGUGUGGAUGUGGGUGUGGGUGUGUGGGUGUGGGUGUGUGGGUGUGGGGCGUGGGUGUGGGGUGUGUGAGCGUGCGGUGUGUGGGGUGUGGGCGUGGGAUGUGGAUGUGAGUGUUGGUGUGGAUGUGUGGGAGGAUGUGGAUGUGGGUGUGUGGGUGUGGGUGGGUGUGGACGUGGAUGUGGGCGUGGGUGGAUGUCGAUGAACAGCGAAGAGCACCGGUAUACCCACACCCUCACACCCACAUCCACACCCACACCCACACCCACACCCACACCCACACCCACACCCAC